GAGGGUAUACCAGACGCGACACGCAUCCCUCCGAAACAAACUCGAACGGGACGAGUCGCAGUGGAAAGUCUCCGAGAGAGUGGGAAUACGCGUCUAGUACAUGAGGCUAUGGCGAGUCGAAGCCUGAGUUAGUCUCUCUGGAACCGCCAUGUUUUAAACGUUGCUAAACCGUUUCUUGUACUUCGUGUCCGCUCUCUGGAAGUGUCUCCGAGCCGAGGCCUGGAAGAGGACUUGGCGUCUCACGAAAGGAAGAGGAAGACAAGGAAAACGUCACUAGCUGUAAAAGCUCCACGAAACCGCUCUUCAAAAUCAACCGACUGUUUAUUGAAUCCGCCCCUGCAUUAUCGUCGAUUUCUCCUAUUCUUUUUUUCUCUCUCUUCUUCCUCCUCUCCAUCCUCUUUCAUCUUAUACUUCGUCUUCGCGUAUUUAUUUUCUCCUCUCUUUUUUUUUGCUUUUCUUGUGGUUUUCUUCCUUUUUUCUCUCUCUCCCUUUCACCUUGCGAAGAAUUUCAAAGGAGAGAGACACUAAUUCACUUCGGCGUUUCAAUUCUCCACUCUUCUUGCAUAGUUGCACGUAUAUUUGCAACUGACCUGUGCAACGACGGACACAGAAAAUCCCCCUGUCAUUGAAGAACACCGACUAGUUACUUCCUCUUUAAUUAUUAAAGUGUAGACCAUGAAGAACAUUGCUUUUGCAACUACAGUAUCUUAUUAAGUCUAUGCUAUUUCUUACGAACAAAAGAGACAUUCCAAGACUUGAUUUCUAAAAGGAAGAGAAGAAGAAGAGAAAAGGAGGAGAAGGAGAAGGAAAGAAAAAAGGAAGGACACAGCAAAACAUCAAAAGGAAAAUAUCAGUCCGGUAUGAAUAACGUUGCAAUUUAGAAAAGACGUUUGUUAAAGUGAUUUUUUUCUGUCGGAUCGUGCAACAUGGGAAGAGCGUCUGCAAUCUCUCUCCUUCUGGUAGCACUUGCACUGGUCUACCCUGCCUCGACGAAGCAGAGGGCGCGGCGACCCCUUCGGAGCAGCGUCCCCGAAGAUUGCAGAAGCAGCGAAUUGCACGUGACCCCUGAGCAGCCAGCAUGGGUCGUCUCGCCAGGUCACGCCGUGUCAGGGGUCACUGACGGGUCACAACAGAUUUGCAAGUGGACAGUUAAGGCUCCCCCCGGCCAUGGCGUGGUGAUCGAGGUAGCGGACCUUCGCCUGCGUCGGUCGAGGCGAUGUGCCGCCAGUCGCGUCCUGGUGCAAGCCGGACUUUCGGCUCAACAGGCCAGACUCAGGCCGCUUGUCAGGUUUUGCGGAAGAGGCCCGAAGAAUCCGCUCUGGAAGACGACCUUUUCCGAAGUGAACAUCGAAUACAAGAGCAACGGCGCCACGAGGAAGAAGUCGGAAGUCAAAAACAAGAGCGCGACGAAAUCCCCUUCGCAAAAACUCGUUACUUACGAGGACAGACCAUCGGCAAAUUCGGCGAGAGGAAGUCGUCCUUCUUCUUCUUCUUCUUCGUCGUCGUCGUCGUCGUCUUCUUCUUCUUCUUCUUCGUCGUCAUCGUCGUCGUCGUCGCCGUCGUCGUCAUCGCCGUCCUCACACCUCACAAGAGCCGAGAAGAUCGCCCGCAUCAAAGCUCUCCAGAGGCUUUACAAUCUGCGUUCGUCCGACCGGAAGGCCCCUCCGUCGGCGCGAUACCAGCCUGCGUCGCAAGGGAGACAUCAGUAUUACAGUUACCAACAGAAUACCAACAGCAGGCGCUUCUACAGGCACUCGAACGGCACUGGGGACGGUAGCGGGUACGACCCCACGAACGACACCAUAGUAAUCGACGGCGACGACUUUGUGUACGACGAGGAGAGCCAUGCCUUCGGGGCGAUCACAGGGGCCUCAGCUGCCGCGCCGUCGGUCCGGCUCUUCAGCGUGGGGGAACCGACGUGGAUCAGCAACGACUUCAUCCUACACGACGGGAUGAACGUGACCGAGGCGGAGAUGGAGGAGGAGGAGGAGGACGAGAUGGUAGAGAGCCCGAGGAAGACCCAUAAACGGAAGAAUAAGAAGAACAAGAAGAAAGCCAAACGCAAGAAGCAAGGCAAGAAACAGAGGGCGAAGGAGGACGCUUUGGAAGACGAAGACGGGUCCUUGGAGAGGAUUCCGAGGUCGGCCUGGGCGCCCUCGAGCAGCAGCUAUCGAGGGAGCUCCCGACGCAGCUACCACCGCACCAGAUACUACACGGUGAGUCGAGGGCGUCCUUCGCGGAGGAAGCAGUACCGGGUCACCAUCUCGCGCCACAACCCGCCGGCCCUCCCCCCUCCCCCCGCCAAGCCCCAGCGAGAACCGGUCACCAGUUCGUCCCAGUCGCGCGGACACAACGAAAUCAUCCCCCACAAGCCGUCGAAACACGUGCCGGAGAGCUCCAAGGAGGUCUACUAUCCUUCCAAGACGUUCGGCUUCUUGAACCCGAAGCCUACGAAGCCCGAGGCCGAAGCGGCACCGGCGACACCCUCCGCUGGCCACGACAGGCGGGAGCUCUUUGUGCUGAAGGUUCGCUCUUUCAAAAGCCAUUGCGGAGGCGAAAUCACAGCUGAUCGCGGGCGUUUCACCAGCCCUGGAUACCCGCAGAAAACGGGUGGCAAAAAUUCUUGUUUCUGGAGAUUUAAAACCCCUCCUGGAAGUCACUGGAAGUUGCAAUGCACGCACUUCCGCAUUCGUAAAUCUCGAAACUGCAUGCGGGACCACCUUGCAAUCCGCAUCAAUGACGCUGACUGGACGAGGUAUUGUGGUCGAGAAGGUCCGAGUGUAGCACUGACUUCCUCUCACGCAGCUUACGUCGACGUCGUCCUCAACACCUUCAGGAACGACUCAGCGAGAACCAUCUGUUCUUGGGAGUCUAGAUACCUUGGAGGAGCACAAAACCACUACGGCUACCGGCGUUACUGGAGCUACAACCUCACCCGCAUAACCACGCCACCACCAACAACCACAACGACCACCACCACAACCACUCCGCCGCCCUCGCUCGCGUACCACCAGACAUGGAGUUGCAACGACUAUCGAAAACUCACUUCGGACCACACGAUGUGCCGUUCAACACCGCCCACCUGCUCCGUCUACCUCGAGGGCGUGACGAGCAGCGAGAGGGCGUUCAUCCUCGACGCCCACAACAAGUACAGGGCCAUCGUCGCCCGAGGGGAAGAGAGCGAGGGGCUUCCGGGGCCUCAGUACUCGGCGUCGGACAUGCAACAGCUGGUGUGGAACGAGGAGCUGGCGCAGGUGGCUCAGGCGUGGGCGUCUGCUUGUCCGGAUUAUCACGACUGCCAGGACUGCAGGCGUGUUCUGUCCAGGGAUUACUACGUAGGCCAAAAUAUUUUCUAUGAAUGGAGUAGUAGUAACGGCGGCUCAGUGUGGGAAACAGCGGUCAGACUCUGGUAUGAGGAGGUCAAAUAUGUGCCCAACUACCUCACGAAAAGUUUCCGGAUGAUGGACCACGCCGUGAUAGGCCACUACACGCAGCUGGUGUGGGCGGAGACGAGGGAGGUCGGAUGCGGUGCCACCUACCACGACUGCUCCAAGGUUUUCAAGGGAAGAAUGUGGAAGUUGAAAUGCAAGAUCUACGUGUGCAACUAUGGGCCGACGGGAAACUACGUCAGAAAAGCAAUGUACAGCAUAGGCCCACCGGCGUCAGCAUGCCCAGCUGAUACUCGGCCGUCCAUACAAUACCCUGGUCUUUGCACUCUUCGCUGACAAACAGUUUAGCUACCUUUUCUCUGUUCGUAUUGACGUAAACUCGGGAUAUCUGUACUCUGUGCUGAUUAAUAAUGCCUCUGACUGAGGUAAUGUAAGCAAGUAUUCGAGCUCUGAGUUACACCGAAAUGUAUAAAUAUAGGACGUUUUCUUCGGUCGAUCCAGUGUUAAUAUAUUCUACACAAGGAAGACAAGAACUACUGUGUGCUAUAGCUUAAAGGAUCUCCUGUCCUUCCUACCAGUGUAAAGGAGGUGUGUAUAUAAUAUACUCCAAACCAGGGUUAUGCAAGGUCUCUAUACUGAUACAUGUGAUGCUCCACUUGUGCUUUUAAGAUGUGCCUUUACCGAGUUCUCCACUUUUAGUAAAGAAGAAAGAGUGAGAAGGAUGCAACUUGAGAAGAUAAUAUAUAAACGAGUAAAUAAAUAGGUAAAUUAAAGGCUAGUUCAUGUGUUUUUUAAGCUAUUUUUUCUAACAAAAGGUGUGAUUCCAUGUGUGUGAAUUGUAGUAAAAAAGAUGCCCACCAUAAUAAAAAAAAGGUUUAUUUACUGUCAGAUCUGAUCCACAGACUUCUAAAAAGAAGGAAAAUGGAAUUUAAUUCUCACUAAUACAUGGUAUUUUUCCUUAUGACUAAAAGUACUUCUUAAUGUUACAACAAAGUGCCAUACAAAUUAUCUUCGUGUCUAUAGGACAAGUAUCACAUUGAAAGCGUUUUACUAUGACGUAACUUUGUAUUAUGUCGAAUUGGCUGUGACCUGUGGAAUGGAAGACAUUAACUAAAUAUAU